CCGAGGCCGUUCGACAGACAUAUACAUUUUCAACAUGGCUUCGCAGCCAAAUAGUACGACUACGGGAAAAUUUAGCGACAUAUAUGAACUAAAAGAAGAGCUUGGCAAGGGUGCCUUCUCCAUCGUUCGCAGAUGUGUUCAGAAAUCCACAGGCUUGGAGUUUGCUGCUAAAAUCAUUAAUACAAAGAAAUUGUCCACAAGAGAUCUUCAGAAAUUGGAAAGAGAAGCACGGAUUUGUAGGUUGUUGAAGCAUCCAAAUAUUGUCCGUCUACAUGACAGUAUACAGGAUGAAGGUUUUCACUACUUAGUCUUUGAUCUGGUUACUGGUGGGGAACUCUUUGAAGAUAUUGUUGCUAGGGAAUUUUAUAGUGAAGCCGAUGCUAGUCACUGCAUUCAACAAAUCUUAGAAGGUGUGAACCAUUGUCAUCAAAAUAAUAUAAUUCACCGUGAUCUAAAGCCAGAAAACUUGUUGUUAGCCAGCAAAGCUAAAGGUGCUGCUGUUAAGCUAGCAGAUUUUGGCUUGGCCAUUGAAGUUCAAGGAGAUCAGCAAGCAUGGUUUGGGUUUGCUGGCACUCCAGGAUAUUUGUCUCCAGAGGUGUUAAGGAGAGACCCCUACGGAAAGCCUGUAGAUAUCUGGGCUUGUGGUGUGAUCUUAUAUAUUCUGCUGGUGGGAUAUCCCCCUUUUUGGGAUGAAGAUCAACAUAGGCUAUAUGCACAGAUAAAAGCUGGAGCAUAUGAUUAUCCUUCACCAGAAUGGGACACAGUCACGCCCGAUGCGAAAAAUCUUAUCAACAGUAUGUUAACAGUGAACCCGGCUAAGAGGAUUACAGCAUCUGAGGCUCUACGACACCCUUGGAUUUGUCAGAGAGAACGUGUGGCGUCUGCAGUACACAGACAAGAGACAGUAGAUUGCUUGAAGAAGUUCAAUGCCCGACGGAAGCUCAAGAUAUGGGCUCCCAGUACUCAAAGUCACAAUCCCUUGAUGAUUAUUCUGGAAAUUAUUCAGAGAAUAUGGGAGGCAAUCUGUUAUUUUUGGGGUGCCAUUCUUACCACUAUGCUGGCUACACGCAACUUCUCAAGUAACGUGAUACAAGCUGUGGGGAAUGGCUCUCAGGGCCCCAAUCAAGGCCGGAGUUUGAUGGUUAAAAAGAAUGACGGUAUAAAGGAGUCUACUGAUAGCAGUACCAUAGAGGAUGAGGACACUAAAGGCGUUCCAUCAUUAGCGUUACCAGAUCGUACCGUUUGUUCAGGUUUGGUACGAUGUGUGAGAUCAGCUAAGGCAGAGUCCCCAGUGCUGGAGAGUCGAAAGCAAGAAAUCAUCAAGCUGACGGAGCAGUUGUUGGCGGCGAUAACUACUGGUGAUUAUGAGGCUUAUACGAAGUUUGUUGACCCUCACCUGACAGCUUUUGAACCAGAAGCCUUGGGAAAUUUGGUUGUAGGAUUGGAUUUUCACAAGUUUUACUUUGAUAAUGUACCAAAGAACAACAAGCCGGUGAACACCAGUAUUCUCAACCCACACGUACACCUGCUGGGGGAAGACGCGGCUUGUGUUGCUUAUGUACGCCUCACUCAGUAUAUAGAUAGGAAUGGUAUCCCAAUCACGACGCAAUCAGAGGAGUCGCGGGUGUGGCACCGCCGGGACGGCAUGUGGCAGAACGUUCAUUUCCAUCGCUCUGGAUCGCCCUCUGUGGCCGCUGCCACCUCUAAAUAAUUGUCUCCCCUUCUUGAGAUCUCUUUAACCACCUUCACUGGCUGUGCUCCUGGCGGCAACCCUCGGCUGAUGUGUGCUCCCGAUAAGUGGACUGACAAUAACACGCGUCAUUGCCACUCUAGGCAUGCACCUUUUUGUCCUAGAUCGGGUUCGUUUUACAAACUGGCUGGUCAGCAUGAUGUCAGACUGAGCUCAAUUUGUCAAGCAGUGUGCCCCUGGAGAGGAAGGGUAAUGUCCCCUACCCAGGCUGGUGGGUCAGUGGGUGUGUGCAGGAGGGGGCGAUUGAUGUAUACCUACUGGGCCAUAGGAGAAACAGGCACAGGCCUGGGGGAUCUCCUUUUAACUUUUCCCAACUUGUCCAUGGCUUCAGAAGUUUCACAUAACCUUGCGCUCCGCUUUGUUUUGAGCCGUUCGUUUUAAACAGGGUGCAAGCUGAGGGGACAGUGUUUUGAAUAAGAGUGCAGCUUUCGGUCUGAUUUUGGUUGAAAGAAAGACCCCAAUAUUUGGCUUCAUUUAAAAUCAGAUAUCCAAAAGUUCUUUUUAAUAUGCACAGAUAAAUGAAUUUAUUAAUGCUUUUCAAAUAUUUAAUAUUUCCUUUCCUUUAUAGUACGUUGUCGUAAGUCUGUAUAUGUUAAGUGUUUUGUUCCGUUAUGAAUGUCGUCAUUUUACUGCUUGUUUGCCAUAUGUUUAUCGCAAAGGGACAUACAAGUACUGAGUUGUAUGGUCUCCAUAAAGUUCUUAGACAUGGUUUACAAUGGAGUUCUUGUACUGAAUACUAGUGGUUUUGAAGGUAUGUUAAUGUAUAUUUUCCUGCCUUGACCUACCUGCAUAACUAGGCUUACAUCCUCACCAUAUACCAGUUGUCAAUGCAAACCAGACUUUUUCUUCACAACUUGCCAAACUGCAUCCUUCAUUAAACCACAAACAGAAGUGUGUUACUCUCAGUUAUGCUAGCAAAUGAUGCCAUGAUAUAAAGCAUUUCUCAGUUUUGUUUCUCAUGCCGAACACAAAAUGAUAUAUGGGAAAUUCCCUGGUUUGAUGAAUGGAGUCCAUUGUGCACAUCAUGAGAAGUGGAAGCAUAUUGUUUGUAAUCUGUGAAUUGGAAAUUCUGAACAAAUCAUGUGCUCUUGCUGGUUCCCAAUAUGAUGUUGCCAACAGAAUUGAGAUCUUUACACACAAGUCAAGGGCCUUUUGCUAAGACCCAGCUCUGCACUUAAGCCAUAGAGAAGAGAUCCUCAGAGCAGUGGCUUGUUCUGCCUAUAAACGAAUGGACAGCUUAGGUUAACCUAUGUAUGCAUCACUUCUCGUUAAGUUGGAAAUGUUGGGUGCACCUAGUUGUACUGUAGAAUAUGACUGGUCAUCGGAUGUGUCAUCACCUGCACUUGGUCUUAACGAUCCAUUGGCUUCUCCUUUGUUGCCUAGCUAUUUCCCUUUUUAAGGCUUUUAGCAAACAAUUAUGGAACAAUAAUUAUUAAAUAGAGGAGUACGUUCUUUGAUUCUGCUUUUGUGGACUUGAUGCAAAAUCUGGAUUUUAUUUAACGCACAGUUCCUCGGCAUUCCGCACCAUGCCCAAUGCCUUGAAUCCCUCAGUAGGCGACACGUAGCUGUUGCAAGCUUGUUUCAUCUUGUGAUUUUGGAGCAAUCACUUCGUAUGUGAAUGAUUUUUUAUGUUCUUGGAACCAAGAUGUUUGACUGAUGGUUUUAAAUGUGCACGAAAUCUAAUAAUGCGGUUGUGUAUAGAAAUUUGAUCAUGUCCUAGCAUUUUUUAACAUAUAUCAUAACCAUAAUAAGUAUGUAGAGCGGCAUUGUUUUUUGGGCAAUUCCCAAUCUCUGUUAACAGGGAAGCAGAACUGAGUGGUAUUACUCAAAAGUUACCUCCCUUGUUAAGUAACUUGAACCUGCUUUCCCACUAAAUUAUUUUCAAAUGUUUGAACUCCUGAGUUCUGCUGAUGGAAGGUAGCCCACACAAGAUUACCGAGUAUGAGAAUUCUAUCAUGGUUGAAUGUAUGUUCACACUUGUUCAUACUGAUAUUAUCACUUGAAUGUAUGUUAUUACCAACAAGCAGAACAUACUGAUUUUGCAUUUUCCUCCCUCCCUCCCACAUAAUGCAGCAAAUUAUUUAGAACAUAAGUCAUUUAAAUUUGAAGGAAACAGUAACCUGAUAAUUUCGUUUCAGUUGUGUGAUCGCUUUUGUGGCAGCAUCCAGGUUUAUUAUUCUAUUCGUGCUGAUAUACAUCACAAGGGGUUUUGCAAUUUUUAUCUCCAAUGUUUUCGGAGGUUGGUUGUGUUUUAUGACCGAUAUUUAAUUCAACCUCCUUUAUUGCAAGCUGUAUGUGCAAUUUGUUUUGAACGCUCUGUACAGAGCACAUCUUCUAAAGGCAUUGGUUACUCGGUGUCUGCCAAAGUUGUUCCCGUAUAGCUGCCUGCACUUAGCACAUACAUUUGUACGGGAAGUCAGUGUUCUAUUUUGGUACGGGGCAGAUGUAACCGGUCAGCAUGUGAACCGGAGGAGCUCACCCCCGCUCUGUUCAGCUUUUUCAUGUAACUAUAUGGGUGUAUCAAUUUGACUGCAUUUCUGUACAUAAA